GAGAUCAGCUGAGAGAUUCCGGAAGAUCAAGGGUGAGCACUGAAAAUCUGAAACAACCACCUCGUUCGAAACCCGAUUUGGACGGUCACACCCACCAGAAGUACGAACUGUGUUGAGGAAUUAAUCAGAUCGCAGCUGUUGAUUAUUCAUUCCUCUCGCCCGUUCACUCCCCUCCUUUACCAAAAGGUAAUUAAUUUAUUUGUUUCCGCAAGUACCUGGUCCCUUUUUGGUUCACUGCAUUUACCGCUUCUUUGCUUCCGAUCUGAUUGAGGUUAGCGAUCGGUUUAGUUUUCAUCUUCGUCAGUUAUCUUUUUUUGUUUACUUUUUACGGACGACUAGUUUUAUUAUUAUGGUCUUUAAAGGAUCGGUUAGCUGAAAUUUCUUCAUUAUAGAAGUUUGAUUCAGAUGGCCGAAACCAAACCGGGCAUGAGAAAACCAGUUUUCACGAAGGUUGAUCAGGUGCGACCAGGAACCAACGGGCACAACCUUGUGGUUAAGGUUGUAAGCUCGACUGUUGUGUCGCCGAAGGGGGGGAGACCAGAUGGAACCCGUCAAAUGCGGAUUGCUGAAUCUUUGGUGGGAGAUGAAACUGGGACCAUUCUCUUCACUUCUCGGAAUGAACAAGUGGAUUUAAUGAAGGAGGGCACUACUUUAAUAGUGAGAAAUGCUAAAAUUGACAUGUUUAAGGGGUCGAUGAGGCUUGCAGUGGACAAGUGGGGACGCAUUGAAGAGGCAGAGCCAGCGGAUUUCACCGUUAAAGAAGACAACAACCUUUCGCUCAUUGAAUAUGAGUUGGUCAAUGUUCACGAGAAAUAAUUAUCUGGGGAAUUUUUUUCUUUUCAAGAUCUCUGGGGCCACCUCAUAUGAAUCUGGCAAGAAAUCUCACUAUGACUGAAGUUUUCAUUUAGGAAGACAAAAAAUGUUAUGGAUAAAAAUUAUAUUGAAAGAGGUUUCAGUGUGGCUUACUACUACUUCUAAGCACAACUGCUCGGCCACCAGCGUUGCAAUAAAUGAAGUAUGUCAAGGCAUGGAAUGCUCAGAUUUGAGUGUUUACAUACAUAUAAUGUAAUGCAGCAUAAAUUGGAUUCGAGAGAUUUUGGCAAUGUAGUUCCUUGGUGGUUUGAUUGAAGUGCUAUGUUAAUUUGAAGUUUAUGAUCUGAUCGCUCAAUUUUUUAGUAAAUCUUAAAUUCAAACAUUUUCACUAGUGUUGGCU